GAAAAACAGAUGGGCAGAGCAUUAACUACAGAUCACCAACUAUCCUCCCAACUUCAAACUUCACACGCUUAUUAAAGUCUCCUCUCCUCGCAACUUAGUUACUCACACACUCUUUCCCUUCCCACCUUCACUCUUCCACUCCUGCUGCUAUGGCUACCAGAAGCUUCUCCUUCCUGUCCUUUCUUUUCUUCCUGUUGAUCACUCUGGUUUCAGGCCAAGAUAAUGGUGGUGGUGGUGGCUCUGAUGCGUCUACUCCAGAUGGAGUUGGAGGAAGAACAAGUGAUCAGCUGGUUCCAGCCAUGUUCAUAUUCGGAGACUCCCUCAUUGACAAUGGCAAUAACAAUGACCUUCCUUCCUUUGCCAAGGCCAACUACUACCCUUAUGGCAUUGACUUCGACGGUGGCCCAACUGGUCGCUUCUCUAAUGGUUACACCAUCGUUGACGAAAUUGCUGAUCUGUUGGGUCUUCCACUCAUUCCGGCAUAUUCUCAAGCAUCUGGUGAGCAAAUGCUGCAUGGAAUUAACUAUGCUUCGGCUGCUGCAGGAAUCCUUGAUAUCACCGGUAGAAAUUUUGUGGGACGCAUACCCUUCGACCAGCAGAUACGGAACUUUGAGAACACCCUUGAUCAGAUAACGACCAAUCUGGGGGCCGAUCGUAUGGCCAAUGCAAUCGGACAGUGCAUAUUCUUUGUUGGGAUGGGUAGUAAUGAUUACCUCAACAACUACCUACUGCCCAACUACCCCACCCGGAACCAAUACAACGCCCAACAGUACGCCACUCUAUUGAUUCAACAGUUCACUCGCCAACUCACCAGCCUAUACAAUCUUGGAGGACGGAAAUUUGUGAUAUCAGGGGUUGGAGUCCUUGGCUGUGUACCGAGCAUUCUCGCUCAAAGUCCGAAUAGCCUGUGCUCCGAAUCGGUAAAUGGGUUGGUUCUUCCCUUCAAUGCCAAAGUCAGAUCUCUAGUUGACAACCUGAAUGCCAAUCUCCCUGGUGCCAAAUUCAUAUACCUUGAUUCCUACCAGAUGUUCCAGGACAUCAUCAAGAGCCCGACACAAUAUGGGUUAAGUGUGAUCGAUCGCGGGUGUUGUGGGAUUGGGCGCAACAGUGGGCAGAUCACAUGUCUUCCAUUCCAGACACCAUGCUCCAACAGAGAUCAAUAUGUGUUUUGGGAUGCUUUCCACCCAACAGAAGCUGUGAAUAUCAUAAUGGGAAAGGAAUUCUUCAGUGGGAACACCAACCUUGCCUACCCUAUGAACAUCCAAAAACUUGCAAAUCUUUGAUCUUGAGCCAAAAAAGUACUAUUUACUUGUUAGAGAGAUGAUGAUGUCUAUGAAUUGAGCUUUUAUAAGGGAUUUGGAAGGAUUUAUAUAUAAUAUUGGAGUUUGAUUUUGAGACUAA